AUGUCUGAUUUUGGCGAUGACGAUGUUGGCGGCGCUGGCGGCGACGAGCCCAUGUACGAGGAGGAGGAGAUCACCGAGUACUACGACCCCGAGGUUCUCGAGGAGGAGGAUGGUGACCAGCAGCAAAACGGACAAGACCAGGAUAAUGUCGUAGUCUCGGGAGAUCCUUCUGCCGCUGCCAACGCACUGAAGGGCGGCGACAAGCUACUCAAAGACAAGAAGAUUCCCGAGAACGAGCGAACUACCACACCCUACAUGACCAAGUACGAGAGGGCACGCAUCCUCGGCACACGCGCUCUGCAGAUCAGCAUGAAUGCGCCUGUGCUCGUUGAUCUCGAGGGUGAGACCGAUCCCCUUCAAAUUGCGAUUAAGGAGAUGCGGGAAAAGAAGAUCCCCUUGAUCGUGAGGCGAUACAUGCCCGAUGGCUACUACGAGGAUUGGACUUGCGAGGAACUGCUGCAGUAA